CAGCUGUUACGUUAGGUUUGAAAUUUAGUCUUCUUUCAUCUUCUUCUUCUUCACCUCGCUCAGUCUGAUUUCUUCACUUCAUGGAUUUCUCAUCAAAUUACGACAUUACCCAAACUGCAAAUUUUAUAUACAAUGGAAAUCUCACCAGGGUUGCUUUACAGUUUCCAGAUAAUUUAUUGAAGGAUUCAAUCAAAGUUGUGAGUGAACUUAGAAAGGAGCUUAAUUUACUUACUACUAGACAAGAAUCAUCAUCAGAUAAUAAAAAGGAAAUUGGGUUGUAUGUAUUGGCAGAUACAACAUACGGGAGUUGUUGUGUUGAUGAAGUUGGUGCUUCACAUGUUGAUGCUGAUUGUGUUGUUCAUUAUGGUCAUACUUGCUUAAGCCCAACUACAACUUUGCCGGCGUUCUGUGUUUUUGGAAAAGCUGCUAUCGAUGUAUCUGAUUGUGUUAAGUGUUUAUCAAAUUGCUUACUAAAAAGUGACAAGCCUGUUCUGAUUCUUUAUGGACUUGAAUAUGCACAUGCAUUAGAAUUGUUGAGAACUGAAUCAUCAGUACUUUGUGGAACCCAAGGUAGUUCACGGAUUCAUUUUGCGGAUGUUACUAGUUCGGUUAUUAGUCCGUUACAAAGUAAGGAAACACCUAGUGUGAAGCUUGAAUCUUCAAAUGCCUGUACUGCAAACGGAAGCCAUGAUAAUGGCAAAGAAACAGAUUCUAUAAUAGAUGGUUUUAGACAUUCCAUUGGAGGCUUGACAUGGAAUUUGCCCCAAGGCCACAAGAUGGAGGACUACAUGCUCUUUUGGAUAGGUUUAGAGAACCCUGCGUUCUCAAAUCUUGUGCUCACCUACAAUAGCAGUGAUAUAGUCAGAUAUGAUCCUGUGGAAAAUUGUAUAAUGAAAGACAUGUCUCAAACCAAAAAGAUUCUUCAGCGUAGGUAUUAUAUUGUCGAGAAAGCAAAAGAUGCUAACAUUAUCGGGAUUUUGGUCGGUACUCUUGGUGUAGCUGGUUAUCUUAAUAUGAUUAAUCAAAUGAAAGCUCUGAUUGCCAGAGCAGGGAAAAAGGCGUACACUCUUCUUAUGGGAAAGCCAAACCCUGCAAAACUAGCUAACUUCCCGGAGUGUGAUGUUUUUAUUUAUGUCUCUUGUGCCCAAACUGCACUUUUGGAUAGCAAAGAUUUCUUAUCUCCAGUGAUUACACCUUACGAAGCCGUUCUGGCUUUCAACAGAGGGAGUCAGUGGACUGGGGAAUAUGUGAUAGGCUUCCAGGAUUUGAUGACAUCUGCUCAGUUUAAUGUUGAUGGAGGGCCCGAAGAAGCUCGUUUUUCCUUCAUGAAGGGUUGUUAUGUAGAAGAUUUCAAUCAGCAAGAAUCAAUAAACGGUGAUGAAGAUAAGGAAAGAGCAACGACAGAUCUAGCUGAGGCAACUCACAAGGCAUUACAACUGUACGACAAGUACCCCAAGUCCAUAAUUAAAGGAGCAGCUAAAUCUGGAGCAGAGUUCUUCAGUUCACGCUCAUAUCAGGGUCUUGAAAUGCAAACCGAUGAUUCAGUGCCUCGUAAAGUUGUCACAGGAAGAACAGGAAGGGCAGCAGGUUACACGGGUGAGCCAAGUAAAGAACAAAAUUCAUGAUCAGCACACAACCAACAUUGCCAAGUAACUUUGUAUCAGCAGAUCUUGUUCCCACUUUCAGCACAAGCAAACAAGCCAAUUUGGAGCAACAGAAAUGAGGUGAUAUGCAUGGUAGAUCCGAAGGCUGGUACCUCUUUCUUUGUUAGGCAUUCCAAAGGAAUCCCCCAAAAGUUGAGCCUCAUCUUAUUGUAAAACUAUUUAAUUAUUUUUUCAGACUCUGUUCGUUUUUUCUUUAAAAUUUUCUUUAAUGUUACAUGUAGAGUCAGACCCAAUCAA